GCAGACAGAGAACAACAACAAACACUUGUACUCACCUUUUCUUUUUCUUUUUUUUCUUUUCUCUCUUCUUUAUAAAAACUAUUACACAUCUGGAUUUUCCGGAAAGAAAAUAAAACCGGAAAGUUUGUGUAUGACCCAAAUCGAUGCUGUUUAUUUUUUCUUUAAAUCUCUGCCCACGCUAUUUUUUUUUAUUUUUUUCACUUUUAAUGUAAACAAACUUGGCAAAACUUGACGUGUCUUUUGAAAUUUUUCAAGUUCAACAGCUUUUAUUCUUUGCUUUUUAAGUUUUAAAGUUGUUUUUCUUUUAUCUUUUCCCUUUUGUCUUUUAUUUUUCUCUAAGCUUUCCGUUCGCUUUUUCGGUUCUCUUUUAGGUUUUCUUUAGGCGUUCUCAAGGCGUUCUCAAGUCUUCUUUAGGCUUUUAACCUUCCGUCUGACUGUUCAAAAUUUAUCAUCUUUUAUCUUUCUCUAGGCUUUUCCGUUCGCUUUUCUUGUUCUGUCUAGGGCUUCUUUAGGCUUUCUCAAGGCUUCCUUCCGGCUUUUAACCUUCCGUUUCUAACUGUUCAAAAUUUAUCAUCUUUUAUCUUUCUCUAAGCUUUCCGUUCGCUUUCUUAUCUGUCUAGGCUUCUCUAGUGUUUUUCAAGACUUCCUUUUGGUUUCAAGUCACCUUCCGUUUAAUUGUUGAAAUUUAACUUAUUUUUAGCGAGUUUUAAACAAUUAUUUUUUCAACAUUCCGUCAUUUUGCCUUAUUUUUCAAUAAUAGAGUUGAAUGCAAAAAAAGAACCCUACUUCAAGGAAUAAAUCAAAGAAGGAAAAUAAUUCAAAGCACAGCUUACAAGAAGAAAACUCUUCACUAGAAGAAACAACAGAAAACAAAAAACCAAAAAGUAAAUUAAAACAACGACUACAGGGAUUAAAACAACGAUUUAUUCGGCGUUGUUGUUGUUGUCAUUGUUAUCCGAAAAUGAUUCAGACUGGAAAAAGCAGCGAUGAGGAAUGUGGGGAAGCUGAGCAACGAAUGCAGAGGAACACGUUUACCCGUUGGGUUAAUCACCAUUUGGAAGCGCAUUCCUCUUCCAGUCAAACACAAAAUUUAAUUGAAGAUAUGAAAGAUGGAAUUCUUUUGUGUCAUUUAUUGGAAGUUUUGACUGGUGAUGUUUUACCUGUUACUACUUCAAGUGGUGGGAAUGAGGAGAGUAGUAAUAAUGUUGUUGUUAAUAAAAGUUCAUCUAGCAAUCUCAAAACAAUAAAAACACUCAAAAGAGUUUACAAAUUAAACAAUUUAAAUACAGCAUUAAAAUGCUUGAGAGCAAAAGGAAUUAAAUUAAUAAAUAAUAACGUUGUUGAUUUGGCUGAUGGAAAUCCGAGAAUUUGGUUGGGAUUGAUUUGGCAAUUAAUUUUACAUUUUCAAGUAGAGACAGGCCUUUCUAUGGUUAGGCGUUCUGCUUGGCAUCAAAUUCAUAGUAAUCAACAACCUAAUGGAGGUGAAGGAACAUCAACCGGCAUUACAACAACAGAUUAUAAUCAUCAACACCCUUCUACCUCUAAAUUACCCCCAAAGAAAAGUGUAGAACAAUCAUUGUUGGAUUGGUUGAAUAGAGAGGCUAUUAGACCUAGGCAAUUAGGACUUCCUUCUGGAGCAAUUGUUGAUUUAGAUUUAAGUUGGAAGGAUGGAAGAUUAUUACUUGCUCUUCUACACAGAUUUGUCCCAGCCCUAGUUAAUCGAGAGGAAAUUAUGGAGGGAGGUGAUGAGCCUGAAGAAGCACGGCAACGGGCCCAAAAGGCUAUACAGUUGGCAAGGCUUCAUUUGGGGAUUAGUCCAUUUUUGGACCCAACAGAGCUUUGCGCACCUGGACGUCUUCCUUGCCGUCGCUCUGUAAUAACAUACAUUUCACAAUUUUUAUGUCUUUACCGACCUCCACAAUUUAACAAAAAUGUAAAAUUGGAAGAAACUUUAACUGUUAAAAAUAGUCAAAAAUUAACAACAAAAAAUGAAAAUAAACAACAAAUUUUAAAAUGUUAUAAAAAUUUAUUUGAAUGGUUGAGGAGAACAGUUGAAGAAGGAGGGCAUUUAAAAUUGAGUGAAAGGCAAAGGCCAACAGUUGGACAAUUUAAGUUAUUUCGUCGUUUAAUUAAAAAAGAAGAAUGGCUUGAAAGGCGUAGAGUGUUAACCGAAAAUGUUUUUCCUGCAUUAAAAGAAGUUGUUGAAAAAGAGGAUUUGGAUAUUUUUAAAGGACAAUUGGACAAUAUAGAGUCAAUCGUUUCUUCGUGGGAAUCAAAAAUCCAAUUUUUACUGUCUAAAUUAGGAGAAGAAAUGAAAGAAUUAGAACAAUGGAUGUUGGAAGGGGAGAGGUUAUUAGCCUCAAGUUUACCUUUAACAGAAGACAAAUUAUUACAAAUUGAAGAUAAAGGGUUGGAAGAAGUGCUUGAAAAUUUGGAAUUUACAAUUAGACGAUUUGAGGAACAUUUUAAAGAAUUACCAAACAAGAGAUUACAAUUAGCAUUAAAAUUGGAACAACAUAAAAAUCAACAAACUUCUUCCUUAACAACCUCCCCAGAGGAUUUUUUACUUUUACCAGAACAUUUAUUACAAGAUUUAAAAGAAAGAAUUGAAUUUCAAACAUUAUUGGAAAGAAGAAUAUUUAAAGAAAUUUUAUUUAUUCAAUCCCGUUUAAGAAUAAUUAAAGCUUCAAGUAAAUUAAAAGCAAGUUUGGCUGUUUGGGGAAUGAGAACUGGGAGUUUAAAGGAAACUAAAGAAACGUUGGAGGAAUAUAAGAUAAUGGCUUCUGAAUGUAAACCUAUCCUUCAAAUGGAACACCUCCUAAAUGCUUUAAAAAUAGCAAAAGACGAUUGCAUUUCCUCUGGCGAGGCUCAUCAUGAAAAUAUUUUGGAAUCUACAAGUUUAUUGAAUUCUUCCCAAAAAGAAUUAAUAACAAAACAAAUAGAAAAACAAAUAAAGGAAGAAUUGGGUCAAUUUAUUCGUUGUGAAUUUAUUUUAAUUGAUUUAAUACAAUUAUGGAAUGAAUUUGAAGAAGAAAAAAAUUUAUUUAUAAAUUUAUUUAUUAUUGAAGAAGAAGAAGAAAAUUUAAAAGAAAAAGAAGAAGUAAUUAUUAGAAAAAUGGAAGUUUUGGCUGAGGAAAUGGAUGAGACUGGAAGUGAAUGGAUUAAAAAUGCUGGGGAACCUGUUAGAAGACAAAUUGUUGAGCUUUGUGAUCAACUAAUAACUGCAAGAACAACAAAAAUUAUUUUACAAGAAGAAGAAUUGAAAAAAUGUUUGUUUAAUGAAGAGAGAAAACAACAAAUACUAAAUGGAAAUAAUAAAAUGAAGGAAGACGAACAAAAUAAUUUGAGUCAAAUAACUUUAAAUGAACGAAAAUGGUUGAAUAAUUUGGAAGCUUUUGGAAAAUGGCUAGAUAUAGUAAGGAGGAUGGAAAAAAUUUUUUUAAAAAGAUUUGUGGACAGAUUGAGAAUUUGA